CUAAAUGAUUGUGGCUUAACAGACAAAAGCUGUCCAGCUCUGGCUUCAGUUCUUGGAUCAGAUACCAAUCUGAAAGAGCUGAACAUGAACAAUAAUAAUCUGCAGGAUUCAGGAGUGAAGCUACUCUGCACUGGCCUGGAGAAUAUAAACUGCAAAUUAGAGAUACUGAGUCUGAAUAACAACUGUAUCACAGAAGGAGGUUGUCAUGUUCUGGCUGCAGCUCUAAAUUCAAACCCUUCAAAUCUGACAGAGAUGGAUCUGAGUGAGAAUAAACUAGGAAACCCAGGAAUGAAGAUCAUCUCUACUCUAUUUGAAAAUGGACACUGUAGACUGGAAAAGCUGAAGUUAAACUACAUCAGUAUUACAGAUGAAGGUUGUGCUGCUCUGGCAUCAGCGUUUAAUUCAAACCUCAGAGAGCUGGAUCUGAGCAGGAAUCAAAUAGAAGACUCUGGAGUGACAGAAAUCUCCAGUCUGCUGAGAAAUUCACAGACACUACAAAUACUCAGACUUUCAGACUGCAGUAUCACUGAAGAAGGUUAUAAAGCUCUGUCUUCAGCUCUGAGAUCAAACCCUUCACACCUGAUAGAGCUGGAUCUCACAGGAAAUGAUCCUGGAGAAUCAGGAGUGAAGCUGCUCAGUGAUUUACUACAGGAUCCAAACUGUCAACUUAAGACUCUGAGGUGAGACCUGAUGAAAUAAUGCUGAAUAAAUGAUACACAUUUGAGUUAUUCAUAUUAUAUUUUUCUAAUAAUUUAACGGCCUCGAGUCAAUUAUUUAGCUUAUACUGUGGUUGCCACACCUAAAGACAUCAAUCAGAUGAUAGAUUUAAAGGGAUUCAUCUGGUUUUUGUACUUGAAUCACUGUUGUGAGUAGGAUUAUUUGUUCCGCAUCUCAUCCAAUGCCUCUUU